CCAAAUCAAAUGGACAAUACCCAGUUCCUUCCAGCUUAAAGCCUCCGGCAAAAGAAGUCUUCUGAAACUCACCGAUUGCCGGUGAAUACUGUUUAAACUCGCGCUUCACACACACACACACAGUACAUAUUUGGAAAGUGGAAAAAAGAGAAGAAAUGUCUGAAGAAUCAGAGAAGCGGUUUCAAGAUGCCAUGGACAAGCUCUUUCGGGUUCCUCCCAAAUCCAAGCCCAAUUCCACCGCCUCUAGUAGCGCAUCUGGAGUUCAAUUGUCAAGAGGCAAGAAGCGGCCGGAUAUGUCAUCUGCGUUUGCAUCAGUGGAUCCAAAAUUAAGAGGCAAAGCAGUUAACAAGCACAAUUUUUUAGCUACUAACAGUUCAGGGGAAGCUCCGCCUUGUAGACCAUGGGACCGAGAUGAUUUAUUUACAAGGAUAGCCACUUUUAAGGCUAUGACCUGGUUUGCUAAACCAAAGGCAAUCAGUGCUGUUAACUGUGCUAGAAGAGGUUGGAUUAAUGUGGAUAUGGAUACCAUUGCAUGUGAAGCAUGUGGAUCACGUAUGCUUUUCUCCACUCCGCCAUCUUGGUCACAACAGCAAAUUGACAAAGCGGCCUUGGUAUUCAGCUUGAAGCUGGAUAGUGGACACAAGCUACUUUGCCCUUGGAUUGACAAUGUCUGUGAUGAAAAACUAGCAGAUUUUCCACCUACAGCUACUGCUAUGCUAGUUGAUCAGUAUAAAAUACGGCAUUCUGUUCUAUCACAGCUUGCUGCUCUUCCUGUGAUUUCACCUAAGGCUGUCGCUAGCUUGAGAAGGCCUCAGUUAGAUCAAUUUCUACGAGAAUCUUUAACUGUGGAACGUGAUGAGCCCGAGUGCAUACGAACUCCCCAAAAUGAAGACACCAGAAAUGAACGCACUUCAGUUUCUUCUCUCACAUAUUAUCAGGCACAAAAGCUCAUUAGUUUAUGCGGCUGGGAACUCCGAAGACUGCCAUAUUUAGUUGACUCCAAAGAUCAGCUGCAUCAAUCUAGUAAGGAUGCCAAUCUCUCGGAUAAGUCUCUUUUGAGCGGGAAGAAUCAGACUAUUACUGUCUACAGUUCAUGUACUGAUAAGACUUCUUUGAGCGGGAAGAAUCAGACUAUUACUGUCUACAGUUCAUGUACUGAUAAGACUUCUGAGAGCAAGACAGAUGAUGAAAGUCAAGCUUCUGAGGAUGCAAUAAUCAACCCAAAUGCUGUUGUUCUCGACUGUAGGCUUUGUGGGGCUUGUAUUGGUCUAUGGGAUUUUUCCAUGGUUCCUCGGCCUUUGGAAUUUCUACGAGUAAGUGGAUACACACAGGUCAAUGAUGACCAUGUCAGUCUCAAUGAUGGCGGUAAAAACCUUCCUUCUGGCAAUAGUGAUCGUGAUGAGAGUAGAGAGCACAUAGGACACGUUGCAACUUCUGGUAACACUGUGUUAGAUAGAAGACCGCCAAGUUUAAACUUAACGAUUGCAGGUGGUCCUCCCCCAGCAACGCAUAAUUACAGGGCAAAAAUAUCUCUGCCAAUCAUUGGGCGGAAUUUGAGAGCAUGGUUUAUUGCUGAAUCUGAGCUUAAGGAUGAUUUAAUAACCAAGAAUGCAUCUGGGAAUUGCAAAAACCCAGAGUUGCCUGCACGAGAAAAUACAACGUCCACAUCAGAAGUGAUUGCAGAAGCUCAACUGGAAAACAACAAGGCUGCUGUACAUGUUUCUGGCAACACGACUGAAAUGGCUGAUAAUGCAGAAAGCUUGGACAAGGUUGAUCCAGCAGUCACAGAUCAUUGUAUGGACAAGGUUGGAAAUGAUUUUCGGUCAAGUAGCAAGGAUAGUGUCACAACUCAUGUAGGAGAAAGUGGCGAGAGCAGAGUGAUGGUUGAAGGGAACAAUGUUACACAAGGAGGGGAACAAGGCAAUAGGCAUGAUGUUAUAAUGGCUGGAGUGCGUCCUCUUAUCCAUGACAUUUCACCUAGUCGAGGAAAAGCUAUGGAGUUUGAUCCAUUCAGGCUGCACAGAUAUUUUUGCCCCUGGAUUGCAUCUAAUGGUGGCUCUCCACCUGGGUGGGAACAAACAUUAUCCGCUUUAGAGCGUCAUGAAGAAUCUUCUUCUUCUUUAUCCAGCUAUCCUCCAUCUUCCUUGAUUAAGGGGGAUGAUCCUGUUGCUUCAGUGCAAAAGCUUUUUACAUCUCCUCCAUCCAAGCGAAAGAAGCUUGUUCGACCAAGUUAAGUCAGCAAAGUUAACCACAUGCUAGAAUAUAGCCCCCAUGGUCCCCGAGGAAAUUCACCGGACAGACUGAGCCAUAAGAUUACCUUCCCAGUGGAGAAAAGUUUUUGCAUCUUAUUACCUGUAUGUCACACAUGUGAGCUUGUGUAGUGGAUAAUUAAUUAGUAAAACGCUUUGGAGAUAAUUUCUCCAAAGUGAGAGCAAUAUAUGUAUUUUGUGAAUGCUAGUGUUAAUUACUUAGAGAGAGUUGCAAUCUGCUUUUUUGGACGGAAAAAGUAAAACAAGGUGAAGACACUAUAAUUGCUGCCAUUGAUAUAAACUUUCCGAGGAGAGGGAAAAUUGCAUCAUGAAUUUGUUUGGUACAUAAUUGUUGUACUCUUUCACUUUGAGCAAUUCUUCCUCUUAACAGAAUCUAAAGGACAAAAAUCUCUCAACCGCAUCUUGAUCAAUCCAUCAAGCCGCAAUUUGUUAUUAUCACCUUUGAGUAAGGUCUGUUGAAGCCUCUCUCUGCAACUACAGCUCUUUUAUCUCCUAUCAACUUAGCCACCCUG